GUUGUGAAGUUGUGUGACCUGGGUAUCGAUGACACUGUCUGUUCAGUCGGCUGGGCACAACGUGGUACACACCUUGCUGUUGGAACUGGCAAUGGAAACCUGCAGUUAUGGGACGCUACUCGUUGUAAGAGAGUAAGAACAAUGGAGGGACAUCGGCUACGAGUUGGUGCACUAGCCUGGAGCUCAUCUAUGUUAUCUUCAGGAAGCCGGGACAAGAGUAUUCUUCAGCAUGAUAUACGAGCUCAAGACAAUUAUGUUAGUAAGCUAAGUGGACACAAGUCGGAGGUUUGUGGACUGAAGUGGUCUUAUGACAACUGUGAAUUAGCAUCUGGUGGAAAUGAUAACCGUUUGUUCGUGUGGAACCAACAUUCAACUCAACCAGUUCUUAAAUACUGUGAGCACACUGCUGCUGUAAAAGCAAUUGCAUGGUCACCCCAUCUUCAUGGACUCCUUGCUUCUGGCGGUGGUACCGCAGAUCGAUGCAUUCAUUUCUGGAACACGACCACCAACUCACACCUGAAUUGCAUGGAUACUGGAAGUCAGGUGUGCAAUCUUGCAUGGUCCAAGAAUGUCAAUGAACUUGUCAGUACCCAUGGGUACUCCCAAAACCAGAUUAUAGUUUGGAGAUAUCCCACAAUGUCAAAGUUGGCAACUCUCACUGGUCAUAGUUACCGAGUUCUUUACCUUGCCAUUUCACCAGAUGGACAAACAAUUGUGACGGGGGCGGGAGAUGAAACACUUAGGUUCUGGAAUGUGUUCCCUUCUGCCAAGUCUCAGAACACGGAAAGUGAAAUUGGAGCUUCUUCUCUCGGAAGAACUCAGAUAAGGUGAUCUUUCGUGGCCUUGAACCUUUGCUGCUGUUGCUGCUAACUUUAAGGUGCCAAUAUCUAUUUUCUAUCACUAGUAGAAAUCAAUUCUACCCCGCAAUAGAAGGCGAUGCAGAGGCUCUGAUUGAACAUAAUUCGAGUAAGACACGAUGGUCCUCGCCAUCUUGUUGAAUGUUGAUUGAAGAUAAUUUACAUUGUUGAUAGAGGAAAGAAUCUGAGUGGGAGAUGUUAUUUAAAGCUCAAUAACAUUUCCUCUGCUUAUAGAGAGAGGUUUGACUUUAAUAUUGUAAAUAAAUUGUUUUUCUUUCUUCAGCCCAAAAA